GCCCCACUCAUUUUCCAUCAUCGUUAAACCCAAAAAAAACUUGUGCGGAUUGGGGCUAAAGUCACCCGCGGCUGCAACUGAAGCACCCAUUAAUGGCGGACGACGAUGGAGCUUCGUCGAUCCCUAAUUCCAUCCCUUCAGAUCCUUCAGACGCGAAUCUCCAAAAGAAGCAGGCUUUAGUCAUCGAACGCCUCGCCAAUCGCAAUCAAACUCGCUUAGAGAAUUCCAUAACCCGCAGAUCGGAGUCCGAUUCCUCUUCUUCUUCCUCUUCCACUUCGUCCUUUCUCGUCCGCUUUUCCGACUCCAAGCGCGCCAUCGAGUCGGAACUCGCCCAAUGCCGCCUCACGCCGCCGGAGCCCACUCAACUCAGAUCUCACCUCGAUGGGAUAUCCACCUCAAUCUCCGACCUCGAGAAGCUCGUUGCCGAAACCUCUUACUUCUUGCCUUCGUAUGAGGUACGAGCUUCACUCAAAUCGAUUUCGGAAUUGAAACAAAGCCUCGAGAAUUUAAAUUCGGAGUUGCUACCUAAAAAGAAAUUCUCAUUCAAAAACAAAGGCACAAAGAAAGACCCAAAAUCGGAGUCGAAAGACACUGGGCUUGGAAAUGCCGAUUCUAUGUUAACGCGCAAGCAGCAGCAAGCGAGUUACAACGCCCGAGAUUCUCCAGGAAUCAGAGACAAGGAUGGCGAGAUUCUGGUAAAGAAUUUCAAGGGUUCCGAUAUUGGGGAAUUCUCUAUCUCGGGUCUUAGUACGUGCGAGGUCAAAUUGAUCGGUAGCGUUAGGGCAUUAUUUAUUCAUAAACUAAGAAACUGCAAAGUUUAUACAGGACCUGUAAUGGGUUCAAUUCUAAUCGAUGAUGUCGAGGAAUGUACCUUUGCAAUGGCCUCCCAUCAAAUUCGGAUUCACAAUGCGAAGAACAGCGAUUUCUAUCUCAGAGUCAGGAGUAGGCCGAUCAUUGAAGAUAGUAGCAGCGUUCGAUUCGCACCGUAUUGUGUGUGCUAUGAAGGAAUUGAAGAAGAUCUCAGAGUUGCGAGUCUGGGCGAGGAGACAGGAAAUUGGGAGAAUGUAGAUGAUUUUCGUUGGUUGCGAGCUGUGCAGUCGCCGAACUGGUCGAUUUUGGCGGAGGAUGAGCGGAUUGACCCCAUCAAAAUCUCAUCCACAGAAGGUUGAGCUUUUGAGAGUUAAGUUUUUCAUCUCUACUUCUGAUAAAUCCCAAGUUUCUUUGAAGGUUUUGUUCUGUUAAUAGAGCAGUAGGAUGCAUCAUAGAGAAAUUUAAAUAGUUGAUUUUGCUGUGAUUGUGUGUUUAUGUUAGUCUUGUAUACAAAACUGGGAAUCCUAGCGGAUUCUCUCCCUUUCAAUUGGUUGAUUUUUCAAGAAAUAUUUCUUGGCCUGGCUGUUUUUCUUGCUGCCUUUGAGUGAGUUGCCAAUAGCCACUUGACAACUUUGACUGGAGGAAUAAUAUUGUCAUUUUGAAUGAAACAUUAUCUCAAAAUUGGACAUUAGUUUUGGAAUAUGAUUUGUAGGCUUUCUGCUCCUGUA